AUGGCUCCUCGACGCGGUGGCGGUGGCUCAUUUGGAGGCUUUUCUAGCUCGUCUGCCAGCCAUUGCUCUACAUCUGCCUUUGAAACGACCAUAUCUCGCGUCUAUAUUGCUUUUCACGCGUUAUUCUUUCUGGUCUUCGUCGGGGUAUUCUACUAUUCCACUGUAGUGCGCAAACGCAAGCAGCGAACAGUGCGAGCGCCAAUUCUAUGGAUCUCGCUUUACGUCUCGAUUACUUUCGCAGUCCUUGUGACUGCCCUUAAUAUCAUCUUCCUCAGCCUCUCCGAAUGCAAGGUCUUCAGGAACGGUGAAUUCAGUCGCGCGAAUAUCGCAACCGAGUGGCUCCAAGCACUAGCGGACUUCCUCUUGUUCCUGGCAAUCAUGUUUCCUAUUUCCCAGCGUCUGCAUCACGGAAAUAGAACGAUGAAUAAGGUGAUUUUGAUCGUGCAUUCUGCAUCUUUGAGUGUCCUGGCAGCCCUCCUCGUGGUUGCCCUCAGCAUCAGCACAAAGGUUAUUGAUGAUAUAUAUGGGCAUAGACGCAGACGUAUGUCUAGUUCCUAUAAUCUUGACGAAGAUUCGCGGAAUCUAUGGGUGGCGUAUUACGUAUUUGGUGUUGUCUGUAUGCUUAUUGCGGCUGUGACGAUGCUUUCUGCUCUUGUUCGAAAUUUGGGCUAUCGCAGGGGGACUCUGUUCGUGGGUAUUCCCUGUCUCGUGGUCUCCUCCCUGGCUUUGACGUUGCUCCAACUUGCGGGCUACGUCCAAAUGGCAUUUGGCUCCUGGAGUUCCUAUGCUCUUGAAAGGCAUUUGGAGCAGUCGUAUGAGGCGCAGCUGUUCCUACGGUAUUUCUUCUAUGUGUGCACUUUUCUGGGUGUUUUAGUGGUUGGCAACGCUGCGGAGUUUUUUGCUGAUUAUGAUAUCUCUUCGCGGUUUACCCAGGAGCAAACCGAGGUUUAUCAGAGGUGA